CCUUGUCAAUACCAACAUGGUUAUAGUAAAGCCUCAACAGAAGUUGAAAAAUAAAUGUUGGAGGAAAAAGUCAUACAAAUGGGUAGUUUCAGAGUUAUGUAAGCAACUACAAAGAUUCAUCCAGUCAUCUAUGAACAAUCUACCGGAAAGUAAAGCAGUUUCUCCUGCCACUCCAUCUGUCAAAGACUUGGUGAAGGUUUUGUAUGGAGGAAAAAGAUUUGGUAAUCAUGUGAAUGAAGUUUGGCCUAACCUAUUCAUCGGUGACAUGUCAGUGGCCAAUGAUCGCUACAGUCUGUGGAAGCUGGGAAUCACUCAUGUUCUGAAUGUAGCUCAUGGGAGCACGCACUGUCAGGGGAGUCAUGACUUCUAUGGCUCCACUGUGGAUUAUUAUGGAGUGCCUGCAGAUGACUCACCGUACUUUGACCUCUCUCGCUACUUCUUUCCCUCUGCUGAGUAUAUUCAGAGUGCACUUGACAUGGCUGGUGCUCGGGUUUUAGUCCACUGUGCAGUUGGAGUGAGCAGGUCCGCCUCCCUCGUCCUAGCCUACCUAAUGAUCCACCAGCAUUACACCCUGCUAGAGGCUAUCAAUAAGGUCAAAGAGCACAGAUGGAUUUUCCCAAACAAAGGGUUUCUCAAACAGCUUCGUGCUUUGGAUAUGAAACUACGCAAGACAUCAUGAGUAAUCCUCUGCACCUCAAAAAUAGAUUUUUUUUUUAAAUUACUGAACCUCAAAAGCCCAUUUCCCUCAAGAUGAAUGAAGAAUUCAUCGUCUGCCAGUGGAGGGAGUUAAUGUACUUUUGACUGUAAUCAGUUUGUUUCAAGAAUGGUAUUGAAUCUAUUGACCCGGGUGCUGUGUUUAAUGUGACUCAUGCUGCCUGUUCACAGGAUAUUGACCCUUAUAUUAGUAGGAAAUCAUUACACCUUACCCUUAGAAUCCAUUUUAAGACUCAGAAUCCAGAAUUUGUUUUAUGUUGAAGGAAAUUUACAUCCACUGUGAUGUGUUGUGUAUUCACUUUAAAACAACAUGAAGACUCGAAAGAUGGUUAUAACACUGGCUAAUUUAGUUGUAAGCAGAGUUAAGUACAUUUCAAAUGUGGAAAUUUUGUGAUUUAUUCUUAAUUCUCAAAAAAAAAUCCUUAUUUUGUUGCCUUCUCUAAACUUUCUUAGAUGUGUUGAGUUGCACUAGGGUAGAAUUUGUACUCAUGACCUCAAUAUUUAUAAAAUCACUGCCACGGUCCCACCAUCAGCUUCUUAAAAACCAUAAAACCCCUUA